AUGGCGGGUCGCGGACAACCGAAUCCACACGUCUACACUGAUGGUUCCUGCAGAAACCAGGGAACUCCGAAUGCUCAAGCCGGCUAUGGAGUCUAUUGGGGACAAGGUCAUGCCAACAACCGCAGUGGAACUGUCUCUGGCCAUCAGGACAGCAACCGCGCUGAGCUUCGUGCCGCUCAACAAGCCAUUCAAACGGCAUCGCGUCAAGGAUACUCUGGAGUCAACAUUCAUUCUGACUCCCACUACGUCAGAAACGCGAUCAACAACUCGGAUCAAUUCCAAAGAGCCCCAGCAACCAAUCGUGAUCUUAUGCAAUCGAUUAACUCGAUGAAAUCGAACGUCUCCGUCAGCGCUCACCACGUCAAGGGACACUCCGGUCACCAUGGAAACUCCCAGGCCCACUCGCUCGCGAGCGCUGGAGCCAAAGGAGGAAAGAAAUAA